AUGGCAGAUCAGAGGGGCAACGAUCCAGCAUCGACAAGUUCCUCGGUCAACCAGGAGUCAAUCGGACAUCUGAUUACUCUAUUUUCUUCACCUCUCACCUCGGAAUGGACACGUAAACGAGCUCCAUACAACUUUCGGCAAUCAUUCCGAACCACCCAAGCGUUGGCGCCGGAUAACACCGCUCGAAUUUUUCUCGACCGCGGCGGAUUCAAAGCUUGGAUAGCACAUCACCUCACCACGACAGGACAAGCUCAUUUCAACGGGCGACAGGCUCGACAACAGCUCAUUGAGGAGCUCGAUAAUCUGCCGGUGGAGGAAAGGGCAAGAAUUGCGGAGAGGAUCGCUGACUCGAGCAUCCACCCAAGCGUUGAAGGUCCCAUUCAGUCGAUGGAGCAACAGACCCUGGAAACUCGGGCUAUGGCCAUUGAUACCGUUGGCUCUAAACGCCGCCGGCAAGACGAACCUUCUAGAUAUGAUGAUGAUGACUGCCCGAUAUCCCCUCCUAAUUCGACCCUUCCCACGAACAUUCACUCUCGGGAUGAUUCACGCAGCGCCUAUACCGAUCCAUCGCAAGCCUAUACCGGCUCGGGCCUGUCCGACGAAGAAGGACAAUGA